AUGGGUUUCAAUGGUUUUGGCAUUUUGGUUGGUUUCUCAUUCCUGAUUUAUGGUGUUAAUCAAGUGAAGAGUGCUUAUAUCACUUGGGACGAUAUCAAGAUAGAGGAAUACUAUCACUACAAGGAAAUAGAGAGCUUAAGUUUUGGGGAUGGGAAUGGGAGUAAAGUGAUCGUGGUUGAUCAAAAGGGUAGGGGUCAUGCCCUUACUGUACAAGCUGCUGUUGAUAUGGUCCCUUUCAAUAAUUCCAUCAGGGUUAAGAUCUACAUUCUUCCUGGUACUUACAGAGAAAAAGUGAUUGUUCCACCUUCCAAACCAUAUAUCUCUUUCAUCGGAGAUGAAAAGAAGGCUUCAGAAACGAUAUUGAGUUGGAAUGACAAAGCCUCUGACAAAUACAAAGAUGGUUCGGAACUCGGAACGUAUAGAACCGCUUCUGUUGAUGUACAGUCUGAUUACUUUUGUGCGUCGGGGAUCACCAUUCAGAAUACAGUUGUUGCAGUAGCUGGAGGGUAUAAGCAGCAAGCAGUGGCGUUGAGGCUUGCAGGGGACAAGGCAGUGCUUUAUAGAGUACGGAUAUUGGGGACCCAAGACACUCUAUUGGACUCCAAUGGAUCUCACUACUUUUACCAGUGUUACAUACAAGGAUCCAUCGAUUUCAUCUUUGGCGAAUCUAGAUCGCUCUACAAGGAAUGUAAUCUACAUUCUGUUGCUGAUAAAUAUGGAGCCAUUGCAGCUCAUCACAGGAAAUCAGAAGAAGAGGACACCGGAUUUUCUUUUCUGAAUUGUUCAAUAACUGGAAGCAUAGGAGGGAAAAUCUAUUUGGGGAGAGCUUGGGGAAAUUAUUCAAGGGCAGUCUACUCCUACUGUGAUAUCGACAACAUCAUAGACCCUUCCGGAUGGAGCGACUGGAACCACCCAUGGAGACAAAGGACGGCUGUGUUUGGAGAAUAUGAGUGCAGAGGAAAAGGUGCAGACAGAAAGAAUCGGGUAUCAUGGUCCAAGUCAUUGGCACAUGUAGAAGCAAUGCCAUUUCUUGAUACAAACUUCAUUGGUGGACAUGAGUGGUUGAGACUUUAA